AUAGUGCUGAUAGGAAAAACAGAGGUGGGAGGUUUUGGGCAAUGGCGGGUUCAACCGGCGCUAAUUCUUCUUCCAAUUCUUCUCCUGCUCCUCCUCCCCCCAAAAUCCUCCUAGCAAAGCCUGGUCUCGUCCCCGGCGGACCUAUUAGCUCUAAGAUUGGACGUGGCCCCGGCGCCGACGACGAAGCAGCUUCCAUUCGCUCCCGUCUUCCUUCUCUUGGAUCCCUUAAUCUUCUCUCCGAUUCCUGGGAUCUCCACAUUGACCGUUUCCUCCCUUUUUUGACUGAGAAUACGGAGUUCAAGGUGGUGGGGAUAAUUGGUCCACCGGGAGUUGGUAAGUCGACGAUUAUGAAUGAGAUUUAUGGCUACGAUGGAAGUUCUCCAGGUAUGCUACCACCAUUUCCAAUACUAUCUGAAGAUGUUAGAGCAAUGGCUAGGCAUUGUACAUUGGGUAUUGAGCCCCGAAUUUCUUCUGAGAGGAUUAUACUUCUGGAUACUCAGCCUGUGUUCAGUCCUUCGGUUUUAGCUGAAAUUAUGAGACCUGAUGGUUCGUCCACUGUUUCAGUUAUUAAUGGAGAAUCUCUAUCUGCUGAAUUGGCUCAUGAACUUAUGAGUAUUCAGCUGGGCAUUCUUCUAGCGUCCAUUUGCAACAUUGUUCUUGUGAUAUCAGAGGGAGUUCAUGAUCUAAAUAUGUGGCAUUUGAUGUUAACUGUUGACUUACUUAAACAUGGCUUGCCUGACCCAUCUUCUCCUAUUUCUUCUCAUGCACAAAAUUCUAAUGUAGCAUCUGAGAAGGAAUACAAAGAAAAAACUUCUACAAGUGAAGAAUAUUUGGCAACUCCAAUCUUUGUUCAUGCCAAAGUGCAAGAUCGAGAUCUUGUUCCACACAAUAUCUUGCAACUGAAGAGAGCAUUUGCCUACUAUUUUAAAACCUCUUCAUUUAUGGGAGACAAAUUUGAAAAAGUCCAUAGUGAGCAACUACUCUCCUCUGUGUUUCCUGAUACCAGGAAUUUAGAUGUAGAUGGUGAAGAUAGAAGGUUGCUUCUCAUCCCAAACCGGAACAAGGAUGACUCUACCAGAGGUCAAUACGAAAGUUUUAACUUAGCUCUAUGGAAGCUGAGGGAUCAGGUUCUAUCCAUGAAGGGUGCAUCAUUCCCAAGAACUGUUUCGGAACGUGAUUGGUUAAAAAACUCUCUAAAGAUAUGGGAAUCAGUGAAGAGCUCUCCUAUUGUAAUGGAGUAUGCCAGAACGCUUCAAUCUUCAGGUAUGUUCAGGAGAUAGGUGGACGAUUGUGUUCUUGUUUGUAGUGUCAUAAAUAGAAGCCAUGGCCCUUAGUAUUAGGUUUCCAUUCUGCAUGUUCUAAUUUUUUUUUUUAAAACAAAAUUUUAAAUUAGGGGUGUUUGUACCCGUAGACGGGUUGUUCCGUGGGCUAAUUAGAUCUUUUAUCUCACUGUUCCUACUAGGAUGUAGGAAUGAUGAAAAACAGAAUGAACUUUAACAUCAAAUUCUCAUUAGUAGAGAGGAAUUCAUCCAUUAACAAAACAAUAUAAUUU